AUGCUCAGUUUUCGACUCCUCAUAGGUUUAGCCGUGUGCCUAAGUACCAUAAGGGCAGAAAGUAAUUUCGAGAAGUUCUGGGCAAACCUGGACACUACUGGAGAUGAUCUCUGCGGCUGUAAGAGCCACAUGAAUGACUUGAAAGAAGGCUGGACCAUUGCUGGAAAGAUGGUUGCCGCAGCUGUGAAAGGGCUAAACGCUGCUAAAGAGAAGAGACCAACGCACAAAAGACAAGGAUCAAAGCUGGAAAGGUUUGAAUGGGAUAGGCAAGCAAAAUUUCUGUUCACCACGGCAGCGAUAGCAAUAGAUGUGGCCAGUGGAGGGCCAGUUCCUCUAGCAGAACAGCCCGCACGGCGGGGGGAGCACAUAGUACAACCGGGGGAGUUAAUCCCAUGGAACGUUCUAACAACCAGACUGAUACUGAAUGGCAGAGUGCCGUCGAUCAACGAGAGGAACAUGUAUAACUUUGAGCUAAUCCUCGCUCGGCUUCAACACAUUUUCCAGACUGAUACGUACCACAAACCUACAACUUUUCAUUGUGGAGAUAGUUGCUGGAAGCGCUACGGACCCGAUGAUGCUGAUGUAAUAGACCCUACCAAAAAGGUCAAGGACGUAUUAAACCCGGUGACAAAUAAAUUGGAUUUCGACCACGGUUACUACUAUUUCAACGGUAUCAGGAUAAGAGCUUCAGAGCUGGGAGAACUGGGACUAUGUCGCGGCACAAGCUCGCACAUGAUAAAAACAGCCGGCUACGAGUUGCUAACGGUUUGCGACCGUGCAUGGAAGGAACUGAAAGUAAAGACUCUGCCGGAAGAGGCUAGAGAGGGGGAUUCGCUUGACGACCGCAAGUACUUUACUCUUGCCCGCGUCUUGAUACACGAACUUGUUCAUCUGGUAACCGAUAUGAUCGACCCACCUGCAUGUCAAAGCGAUGGCCAACCACUUUUCCACUACAACCCUAUCCGCGACGGGGCCGGUAAUACUAUUCCGGCUACAGUUCCCAGCACCACUGUAGGAUCCUGGAUCCCCGAGAACGAAAAGGUAAAAUGGAGAGACGCAAGCGGCGUCGAAGUAUGGGCUCAGAGAGUUGAGACUAUAACGUAUGGGAUGGAAUUAGUAGCCAAUCUGGCCAAGAACCACCCGAUACUGAGCGUCUGGGCUCCUGAUACCUGGGCUCUAUACUGUGAAGCAAUGUAUUAUUCUAACUGGGAUUGGUCGUCGGGGAAAGCAGUGAGGCCUAAGUUUUAG